AUGAAAACUGCCCUUAAUAGAGAUUUAUUCACAAAUCAAGAUUUCAGUAGAAAUGAUUCGGGAAAUUCAAUCGAUCCUAAUAAUAAUGUUAUACUGACAAAUUCAAUCUCAAUUUCUGAACUAACAGAAUAUUCUAUGUUUCCUCAAAGAAAAUUACCUUUUUCCUAUAGUUAUACAUCUGACACACCAAUAGAAAAUUAUACAGUAACACCAGUGUCAUAUACUACGUCAACAUCUUCAAAAUUUGGCAAUAAUAAUUCCACACGAAAUUCAAGUUCAUCAACACAUUCCAUAUCAUCUAUAAGAAGUGGACUAGAUGUCUUUCUAGGUAUGUCACCGGUGACAACAAAUUAUAAAUCGAUGAAUGAUACAGAGUCAACUUCAUUUCAACAACUUAACUCAACUAACAUUCUACAACAAAUAAAUGGAAAUAUAGCCACACUAGGAAAUUCAAAUAAUAGUCAAUUAAAUAAGGAGAUCAGUAGUUCUGAUAAAAAAAAAUCUACAAAGAAUAAUAGUACAACAAAGUUAAAUAAAAAACCCAAAACUAAAAAGUCCACUAUUAAGAAUAACCUGCUUGCUAAGAAGAAGAAAAAAGUGAAUAAAAAAGCAAGCAAAAAAAUCAGUAAAAAAACAAAAGAAAGCAAACUAGAAAUCAAAACAGAAAUUAAAAAGCUACCAAACGAUUUUGAUCCACAUACAUUUUCUUCAAUCGACGACGAUGAACUAAAGCUUGAUCCAUCACAGUAUGAUCCAAAAAAAAAAUAUAUCUGUAAAGUAUGCUCUAAGGGCUUAACCACUUCGGGCCACUUAGCAAGGCAUUAUCGGAUUCAUACGGGUGAAAAAAAUUACUCAUGUUUACAUGAAGGUUGUGAUCAAAAAUUUAGUAGACAUGAUAACUGCAAACAACAUUACAAAACUCAUUUGAAAAACUAUACUAAAUAG